AUGACAAACUCUGCGCGCAGCGAUGACCUGGACAUUCUCCAGCUCAGGGACAUUCUUCGCGGUGAGCUCAUUUCGGUACUAGACUCCAUUCGCGGUUCAAAGGCGCUUGUUCUCGAUCCAGACCUGUCCGGGCCGCUGAGCUUUAUCGUAGACUUCUCGGUGCUUAAAGAGCAUGGCGUGGAGAAGAUAUUUCUGCUCGACUCGAUACCGCCAGAGACCGGCGCAAUAAAGGGGCUGCUGUACUUUGCGCUGCCACACACCGGCAAGAUGCGGACAAUCGCAGAGCAUGUCCGGGCGGGCUCGUCGGCCAAGGAGUACUCGCUGCAGCUGGUUCCACGGCGCACGCUGCUGUGCGAGCGUGUGCUUGAGGAGGAGGGCGUUCUGGGCGACCUGACAGUGGGAGAGUACCGUAUGGACUUUAUUCCGCUGGAGGAGGAUCUGUUGUCACUGGAGCUGCCGGCGACGUUCAAGGAGCUCUAUCUGGAAGGUGACUUUUCGAGCAUCUACUAUGCGGCGCGUGGAGUCAUGCGCUUGCAGGGCCUGUACGGGUUCUUCCCGCGGAUAGUUGGAAAAGGCGACUUUGCGCAGAUUCUGGCAGAUACAUUGACACGCAUGCGCCUGGAGCUGACGUCGAGCAAUCCGCGCGGGUCGUCGAGCAGUGCACUGGCAAUGUCCAGCGUGUUUGACUCCAUGGUGAUUAUCGACCGUGGCGUGGAUAUGGUAACGCCGCUGCUGACACAGUUGACUUAUGAGGGGCUUGUCAGCGAGGUGUACGGUAUAAAUAGCGGCUAUGUGUCACUAAGCUCGCUGAAUAUGUCCGACGCAAACCAGGCGUCUGCCCCAGCAGCAGGGAGCUCGGCGACGCAGGCAGCGGCGGCAGCGGCGGCAGCGGCAGCGCCCAAGCGCAAGCGCAUUGCGCUGAACAGCUCCGACUCGAUAUUCAACGACAUCCGCAACAUGAACUUUGCCGGAGUGGGCAGCCUGCUAAGCAAAAUGUCUCGGCAGCUGCAAGAUACGUACGAGAGUCGCCACAAGGCAAAGACAGUGCAGGAGAUCCGGAGCUUUGUGGGCAAGCUCAAUGGCCUACAGGCAGAACACCAGUCACUCAAAACGCAUGUGUCGCUGGCAGAGACGAUCCUUAAGCGGACCCAAACCGACGACUUUAAUCACGUUCUGGAGAUCGAGCAGUCGCUGGUCAGCAAUGGCGACAUUUCAAAGGACCAGCUGGCGUAUCUCGACAAGUUGUUUGCGCUGGCGGACCCACAUGCACCUGUGCCGGGCUGCAAUGGUGAGCUCAAGGAUACACCGCCAAUCACUGCCCCCAACAGCAUUCACAAGGUGCUGCGUCUAAUGUGCCUGUACUCGCUAUGGCGCGGGCCUAGUUUCAAGCAGAAGGUCUAUGAUGCGUGGUACGAGGAGCUGGUCGACGCGUUUGGCCAUCACCACACCAUCACGCUGGAUAACCUGGAGACAGUUGGGUUGCUUGUGUCGCCUGCCAGCAACAAUGGCGGCACGGCAGGCUCGACAGCAAAGUCAUCGGCACUGAAACUAGCGGCGGGCGGCGACGUCAGCAGUGCUGGCAUUCUGAAUUCCAUUGUGCCGUCGACAAAACCACGGGACCCGGCGCACUCAAACUCGCUCAGCUUUUUGCGAAAAACGCUGAACCUGGUCAACAGCGACGUGCGUGAGAAUGACCCCGAUGACAUCUCGUAUGUCUACUCUGGGUAUGCCCCGCUUUCAGUCCGUCUGCUGCAGUGCCUGGUGCGCGACCCAGCAGUAUACACGUCGCCUUCAGCCGCCAGCCGGUAUUCGUCGCUCCUCCGCGGUGGUGCGUCCAGCGACACGACUCGGCCAGCGCAGAAGGACCUGCAGUCGGGUGGAGUCAAGGGCGGGUGGAAGGGCUGGGAUGAUGUGCUGGCUGAGCUGCCCGGUGAAACAGUCGAUGUGACCCAGUGGAGCGACCGUGAGGGCGACCUGCUCUCCUCAGACACAGUGGUGCAGCGACUGGGCGAGAAGGCGCCGGCAACGCUUGUCCUGUUCCUGGGCGGGUGCACGUUCACGGAGGUUGCGGCUCUGCGCCUGCUCUCGCAGCAGCACAACCACCGCUACAUUGCAGCAACCACGCAGAUCAUCAACGGCAACAGCUUCAUCGAUUCGCUCAUUCAGAAAGCAAGCAACUAG